CGAGAUUAACCCAAUUAACAACCACUGUUUUUAUUUACCUAUGCGAAAAAUCUAUUUUGAUUUUGUUUUUGCUGGUGUUUGCUCAGAAUUUUAUAUUUAUAAACAUAUAGAUAUUUUAAUUUAUUAACCCUUAUGGAUAGUUUAGAAACGAAUGACAACCUCCCAGAAAGUAAUGAAUGUACCAGUAAUCAAAUUAUAAAACCUAUAAAUAAAGACACAAUUCAUAGAAUAUGUUCUGGCCAGGUUGUUUUAAGUCUGUCUGUUGCCAUGAAAGAACUAGUAGAAAAUUCGUUAGAUGCCGGAGCAACAAUUAUAGACGUCCAUUUAAAGGAAUAUGGCUCAGAACUUCUUGAAGUAUGUGAUAACGGAUCCGGGGUAUUACCUGCAAAUUUCGAAUCUCUAACCUUGAAGCAUUAUACGUCGAAAAUAAAAGAAUUUAACGAUUUACAAUAUUUAGAGACGCUCGGAUUCAGAGGAGAAGCCCUAAGCUCUCUAUGCGCUUUGUCUGAUUUAGUAAUAACCACCAGACACAGUUCUCUCGAUAUUGCAACCAAAAUUACUUAUGAUAAUAAUGGGAAAAUCGUCAGUACGACCCCCGUUGCAAGAGAAAAGGGUACGACUGUCACUCUAUGUAAAUUAUUUUCUAGCUUACCAGUAAGAAGAAAAGAAUUUACAAAAAAUUUGAAAAAGGAAUUCAACAAAAUGUGUCAGAUGUUGUACGCUUAUUGUUUGGUGUCCAAAGGUGUAAAGUUUACAUGUUCCAACACAACCGAUAAAGGCUCAAAAAGCACCAUAGUGAGUACCGACGGUCAAAACAUGGUCAGGGAAAACAUCAUUAACGUUUUCGGCCCCAAACAAAUUUCAACUUUAAUAGACAUAGAUUUAAUGCCGCCAAAUGAAGAAGUUUUGGCGGAAUUCGGAAUAAAAUCAAGCCCAGAUUCAUCAGUUCCGUUUUCUUUCGAAUUCCUAAUAUCCAGCGUUAUUCACGGGUCUGGUAGAAGAGUGGCAGACAGACAAUUUUAUUUUAUAAAUUCCAGACCCUGCGAACCAUCAAAAUUGAUGAAAAUUGUUAACGAAAUUUAUAAACAAUUCAAUUCUAAUGAGUACCCAUUCGUGUAUUUGAAUGUUACUACAAAAUCCGCUUUGAUCGAUGUAAAUAUAACUCCAGAUAAGCGACAGGUGUUCAUAGAAAACGAAAAAUUAUUAUUGGCUGUAGUUAAAUCGUCGUUACUGGCAGCUUUUAAGCAGUUUCCUUCUACAUUCAAGAUGCAAAAUGUAGAAAUAACGAAUUUUAUACAGAGCGAUAGAGGCAUUAAAAGAAGUAUCACAGAAAGCUGUAUACAGAAAGGGCGCAUUUUGGAGAUUUUCAAAAAGAAACCGAAAACAACUGGUAACUCAUCUACAAACAAAAUUGAUAUAAAAGAUUUCUUAAACAAACCUAAAGAAACGUUUAAUAACGGAUCUACAGACAAUUUUGACCAAAUUAAAAUAGAUAAAAGCAUUUUAGAUGAAUCCCAAGAAAAAUUAGACAGUCUGAUAGAAAUGGCUUGUCAGCUAAUUAAAGAUGAUAAAGAUAAUGACAAUGUUAUCGAUGUAGAAUCGGCAAAAUUCAAACCGGAAGAUCUAGAAAUCAGUUUGGAUCAACCGAAAUUUAAAAAAUCGCUAAAAUCUGUCCCGUUUAAAAUAUCUAUUGAACAAAUAAAAAAAUGCAAUGAUGCUAGUAAGGAAGGUGUAGGUGAAAAUAUAAAAAUUAGGUUUAGAUCUGAAAUUAAGACUGAUCAAAAUAAAUCGGCUGAAGAAGAGUUGCAAAAGCAAAUAAAAAAAUCGGAUUUUUCCGAAAUGACGGUAAUAGGACAGUUUAAUAAAGGAUUUAUCGUAACUAAAUUGAAAGACGAUUUGUUUUUGAUAGACCAACACGCUAGCGACGAAAAAUAUAAUUUUGAAAUGCUCCAGUUGAACACAGUCGUGGAUUCGCAGGUAUUGGUAAAUCCUAAACCAUUGGAACUGACUGCGGGGAAUGAGUGUCUUUUGAUUGAAAAUAUUGAUGUAUUCAAGAAAAAUGGUUUCUCUUUUAAAAUAGAUGCUGCAGCACCAUGUACAAAAAAGGUGGCCUUAACAUCUAUCCCUAUCAGCAGGAAUUUCGUUUUUUCCAAAGACGAUAUUGACGAAAUGCUGUUAAUGUUGCAAGAAUCUAGUAAUACCAUAUGCGUUCCAAGUAAACUGAAGAGGAUGUUUGCAUCACGCGCUUGCAGAAAAUCAGUCAUGAUAGGCACAGAUUUAAGCAAAAAGGAUAUGAAAAAAUUAGUGGAACACAUGGGGCAGAUUGAUCAACCUUGGAAUUGUCCACACGGCAGGCCCACGAUGCGGCAUUUAGUAAAUUUGAGUUUACUGAGUGGAGAUACUUAAAUAUUAAGUUUUUAUUUUUGAAAUAUAAGAAUAAAUAUUUUUAUUUUCUCUUUUAAAGUUUUUUCAUUAAAAAAUACAUAUGGUACCUUUUGUGGUUUUGAGUUAGAAUUUUGGGAAUAUAACAAGGAAUAAAAGUUUUUUUUUUGGAAAAAUAGGAUAUAUGAGGAGUUGAGUCUUUAACAAUGCCUGUAUUCCAUGUGAUCUGCAAGACAUUUAAUAAAAAUGGCUGUUCUUAGUGAUAAUGAUAGCAUAAAUUUAAUCACAUGGGAUUCAGAUACUGUUGAAGAAUCUGUAGAGGCUAACAAAAUAACCAGAUUUUUUGAUACAAAAUAAAAGAGCCCUUUUUAAAUUUAUUUUUUAAACACUUAUCGUCCUAAAUAUAUUAAAACCACUUUCGGCUGUGCUGAUAAUGACACCAGGUAACUGUGGAUGCCAAUGGAGUUCUUUAACAUUAGUUUGACCUUGAUGGAUAAAUAAAAGCUGUGGCGGCAAACCCUACAACAAAAAUGAAUAUAGUGUCAAGAAUUUUAAAUUAGAUUCAAAAAAAAUAUUACCUCCACUUCAUUAUUACUCUGUUCUGCAUCUUUUUCUACAGACAAAUCCCAUAAAGCAAUUUGAUUGUCAGCACCAGCAGAAGCAAAAACUGCAGAAUCUGUUGGGUGCCACUCUAUACUGACAACAGGUUCAGUGUGGUGCUUGAAAGUGGCUAAAGGAGUUUUAUCUUUGAAUUUUCUCAAGUCCCAUAUAUGCAGGACACCAUCAUCACC